AUGUCUAAUCAUCGACGCGUUUACUGGCUCCUGCUACUGCUCUGGAUCCCGGUGGUGCUGAGCGCGACUCCUGGCAGGUAUCUCCAGAGUCGAUCACUACACAUCGUUCGAGGACGAUGCACAGAACUCGACCAAGAUCUCAUUGCCUCCUUUGAAAAGCGUUUCCUUGAGGACCAGAUUCUCCACGGCAGUUCUCUGCUCGACAGUUUAACCGUAAAGCCAUCUGCCGGUUCCUCGCAUUCUCGAAGGCAACUCCAACCAACCUCCAAACCCGUUAAUGUCUAUUUCCACGUCAUUUCUGCCGAUUCCUCUCCAAAAAACGGGAACAUACCAGUCCAGCAGCUCAUUCAACAAGUGGAUGCUCUAAACAGAGGAUUUGUGGAAACGGGACUCAACUUUGUCCUCGCAGGAGUGGACAGAACGGUCAACGCUGACUGGUUUGCGAAUGCCGGGCCCAAUACCGUGCAGCAAACAGCGAUGAAGACCAAGCUGCGGCGAGGAGGUCGCUCGGACCUCAAUAUAUACACUGUUGGAUUCACUGGAGCUCUAAGUGGACUGCUGGGCUACGCCACAUUUCCUCAAUCGUACGCUGCUGACCCAUCCGACGAUGGGAUUGUGAUUCUCUUCUCUUCUGUCCCCGGUGGGGCAAUGGCAGGCUAUGGCCAGGGCAAAACGGCAAUUCACGAAGCGGGACAUUGGUUCGGCCUUUACCACACCUUCCAAGGAAGCUGCCUAUCACCAGGUGACUACGUGGAAGACACACCUCCUGAAGGAUUGCCAUCCGAGGGGUGCCCGAUCGGAAGGGUAUCGUGCCCUGUGACAGAUCUCAUUGAGGGAAUGUCUGACCCAAUCCACAACUAUAUGGACUACAGCCCCGACAACUGCAUGGCCGAGUUCUCUCCUGGGCAAGCUCUUCGCGCGCGUGUUCAAGCGCAGUUCUAUAGAGGCAUCUACUGA